AUGACGCGAGCGGCUCCGCCAACCCUGCUGCAAUUACAAAACCCGGACUCCAUCUCCUCCCAGGUCGCAUGCCUUCGUGCCCUAAAGAAUGAACUGAUCGGUCAUGAUCAACGCAAAGAAACAUAUGUCGGCGCCGGCAUCAUCCCCACAUUAGCGCAGGUGCUCGAGUCGCGAUGGCCAGGGAAACCGACCACAACUGAAUCACAUGGGUCUAUCCCGAGACAGGUGGCUGCCUCAUUUCAAACUUCCGAUGACCUUGCUGCUUGUUUGCAGGCGAUUUUGAUCGUUGGAAGCCUAGCACAAGGCGGUCCAACGUUCCUAGCCCCAAUAUUUGCCAGUGAGGUCAUCCCCACGCUUCUAUCUAUCCUUUCCUCACCGGAUUGCCCACAAUGCUUCUGUCUCCCAAUCUUACGCCUUCUUAAUACAAUUGCGGACCGGUUACCACUGCAAAGCCAGGACCAAUGGCCCCGCGACACACGUUUAGCUGAUAGCGUCUUUGCACCUGAGACUGUGGGAGUUAUCCGGAGAAUAAUCGCACAGGACUAUGAGCAGUCUGGCAGCCAAACAUGCAUCGAGUUGGCAGCUGCCCUAAUCGGAAAGCUAUGCACUGAAGAGAUCCACAAGACAACGUUGGCGGAAUGUGGGGUAUUGGAUGCCUUAGCUGUCAAGAUUGCUAGUUUCAUAGUUGCCCAAGGGUUUGUCCUGCCUGGUGCAGAGAACCAUCUUCAGGAGCCAGGAACUCUGGGCGAUUUUCCCCCAGCCGCUCCAGAAUCAGCCCGAUUAGCACCAAUUCUUCGCGCGGUCACUGUGAUUAUUGAACAGUCGAAGUGGCGGGCAGAACACUUCCUUUCUUCACCGGGGAUUGUUACUGUUUUCCCAAAGCAUGUUCCUGGCUUCGCAGCUGCGGAUAUGAGGAGAGGCCCUUGGGGAGGGACAUAUUUUUCUGGAUCUGCCGUCCCACGUAACUCUGGCACAAACCCUGUUGAUAGUCUUCUUCCCUCGGUUCCAAUGACAAACGCAAAGUCGCCGUCGAGCUCGGCCAACUUUCCACCGCUAGGAAAUUCUGCACCACAGCGUCGCCACAGCCAUUCUUUCCCCACCCCCUUUUCGCUAACCGAUACCACCUCUCCGGAAGAGGAAGAAAAUUCCCUUGUGCCAUGGCUUCUCUGCAUUCUCCGCUCAGAAAGUGGCAUGGCACGAUUAAUGGCUGCUCGACUGGUCACGGUUCUUUUCCGAUUGGGUCUUGCCAAAAAGCAUAGAGUACCUAUGUUUAGUUAUCUUUUGGUUCCGAUCCUUAUUCGUAUGCUGGAUAAAGAUUUCCGAGUACCAGAUGAGCCUAGCGCCGAUUAUGAUGGCCUUAUAACCCCAACACAGCGUUUAAAAGAAGAAGCCCCGGCUGUAUUGGCAAAUCUGGUUAUGGACGACCAGGAACUACAAAAGCAUGCGGUGGAUGGAAAUGCGCUCAAACGAUUGUCUCAACUUUUGAAGGAAACCUACAACCCAGUAUCAGAGAGCGUGCGGCCAAUGUGGUAUUCGGAGGGGGAUGCACCAGUUCGGGACCCUGAGACAUUGUCAGGCGACCGUCGACUCGGCCCCUCUGGAUACUCGCCUACUCUGUGCCAUGUGAUGAGGUAUCGAGAAAGUAUUCUGAAGGCUUUAGCAGCCCUGGUGCCUUUCAAGGAUGAAUAUCGCAAAUUGGUCUGUGAAAAUGGGGUUGUUCCUUACAUUAUCGAUUCCUUGAAACCUCGGCCAAGUGAUGCCCCUGUCGACGCUGUAUCAGCACCAAAGAAUACUGCAGCAGAUGGAAAUCCAACACCCACCCUCUUAGCCGCCUGUGGUGCUGCUCGUAUGCUUACGAGGUCCGUCAGCGUUCUGAGGACUAGUCUAAUUGAUGCUGGUGUGGCCCAGCCCUUGUUUACACUUAUCAAGCAUCCCGAUCUUGAAGUCCAAAUCGCUGCUACUUCGGCGAUUUGUAAUUUGGCUUUGGACUUUAGCCCCAUGAAAGAGGCGAUCAUUUCUGGUGAUAUAAUUCCUAUCCUUUGCGAGCAUGCUCACUCAUCCUAUACCAAGUUGCGUAUAGAAUCAUUGUGGGCGCUCAAGCAUGUAGUUUACAAUACCCCCAAUGACACCAAGAUGAAAGUCAUUGAGGCUCUAGGGCCUGCGUGGAUCCGCCAAGUCAUCAGUCAAGACCCAAUCAGCGCCCUGACACGAAGGGGCUUGGACGAGGAGACCGAUCACACUACAGGAAUUGCCAUGGGUCGAGCCAAUUCGGCUGGCGAGCAGGUUGACAUUCUCAAUCCUAUGGAGGAUCCUAGCGAGUCGGCUGAACCAUUUGAGAUGGGCGACGCCAUGCCCCCGUCGAAGAUGAGCUUGGAUAAGUUCCUCCCCGAUGCCAGGCGUCGGCGAAAGCUUGUCCUUCAUGGCAAUCUAGAGCAAUUUACUCAGUCACGCCAAGAUGACAUUGCUGUUCAAGAGCAGACAUUUGAUUUGCUGCGCAACAUCAUUUGUGGGGCUGGUGCAGCAGAAAUGAUUGAUUUUCUAUUUGAAAAGAUUGGCCAAGACGGACUCCUGGAUGCAUUGGCAGAUAAUCUGCGUCCACGUACCAUUCAACUACCUCAUCGCCGCGAAUUUUCUAGUGGAGCAUUGCAUGUACCCCAUGAAAUCCUGAUCGCCGCAAGUGCUGUCAUAAUCCAUAUUGCUGCGGGAACUACCCGCCACAGACAGUUACUGAUAGCACACGUCGACCUUUUACGUUCUCUAGCAGGCUAUUUCACUCACUCCAACAGAGAAGUGAGAGUGAGCUGCGUUUGGGUAAUAAUCAAUCUAAUAUACGAAGAUGAUCCCAGCGACCGCGAGGCAUGUCGUGAACGUGCUAGCAGACUGAAAGCUCUGGGAAUAACAGACCGACUCAAUAGUCUCCAAGAAGACUCUGACUUGGAUAUUAAGGAGCGUACUAAGACUGCCAUCCAUUUACUGGGCCAACUGAGUGCGCCUUGA